CCGUUUCACUCCAUGUUUCUUUUUUGCAGGCUAAGCAAUUUUGAGACUCUUCUAUUUAGCAAUGGCUUCUUCUCUAGCUCUUAAGAGGCUCGUCUCAUCCAACAUCCUCCCUAGCUCCUUACGCGUCGCCAUCGCUCCAUCCAUCUCCAGACUCUUUAACACCAACGCCGCCACGCCUGAUGACCACGAUGAUCGCCGUCGUGCUGACGGUUUCUUCCCAGAUCUGCAGGGGCGGCGCCAGGGGGCCAAAAAAGAUAUGUUUGAUCCUUUGUCUCCAACAAGGAGCCUGAACAUGAUGGAUCAAGUCAAGGGGAAUCGAUUUCUCUCCACAUCCCGUGACAUUCCAGGGCUUGGGAGCGAGGCCAAAGAAUCAAACCUUCGCCCGUUAUCUCCUCAUCUUCCUAUUUAUAAGCCACAGCUUACUUCGACGUUUCCAAUUUCCCAUAGAAUCUCCGGGGCUUUCCUAGCCACUAUACUUUUGUUUUUUUAUCUUCUUUGUCUGAAAAUAGGUUUGAUUUGCUUCACCUAUACGAAUUUCUACCAAUUCUUCUUUUAUUCAUCAAAGCUUCUCCUAAUUUCCGUCUCAAUUGCUGCCUUAGCCCUGUCCUAUUAUCUGUAUAAUGGGGUUCGUCAUUUAUUGACGGAUUUUUCGGGAAAGCUGAGGUGAAGAACGGUGAGGAGGAAAGAUGUGAUUCAGCUUCAAAUCGACUGAUUUGCUGGCUUGGUAAGUUCUUGUUUGGUCUGGGCCUUUCUGGGUUGAGGUAAGACUUUGUUUGGCAAAAUAAAGAAUGUGUUAAUGGUUUUUUUUUUUGGAAUAAAUUGAACCUUGGUGAUGAGUAAAAAGAAAACCUUGUUAAUGCCAAAAAGCAUCUUUGAACUUGUCAAUAUAGUGAUCUGUGUUGAAUUAGUGGUUUAA